UGAUGUAAGAAGUCCAUGAAACUCAAAUAUAUCUCGUUAAAUCUUUCUCGAAUGUUUCUAGGUAACACAACAAAACGUAUUCAUUGCAAGUAUUUACUUGGCACAGUGAGAGCGUCGAGUCGAAAUAGUAUCCCCCAGACAGUACCUGUCUAUGUACUCGUAUAACAGCAGGUCGCUACCGCCACUAUCGGGGCUAGAAUCGGAGCGUGUACUUCGGCGAUCAGCUGUCGCGAAUGUUUACAUUUGUCGACCGAGUGCCGGCUCGUGGUGGGGUUGAGACCACCGUCCAGUUUCUUUCGGCCUGUCGCGUCGUGCGGUUCACGUAAUCUACGAGUGCUUAUCGUGCCUUAUCGUCGCGCUGUCGCGCGAUAUCGAACAAAUGCCAGCGCGCACUUUUCUGUGCUUUCCAGAAUUGGGUAAGCUUGCAACCCGUUGACGCGACUAUAAGUCAUAGCGAGUAUGUAAGGGGGGGUAAGAAUUAAAUUGCUUUGAAGAUGGGGGCGAUGUUCAGAAGCGAGGAGAUGGCCCUUUGCCAGCUGUUCAUUCAGCCGGAGGCAGCUUACCUUUCCGUUUCAGAACUUGGAGAAACUGGUACGGUGCAAUUUCGCGACCUCAACGGCGAUUUGAAUUAUUUUCAACGGAAGUUCGUUAAUGAAGUCCGACGAUGCGACGAAUUGGAGCGCAAACUUCGGUACAUCGAAGCAGAGGUCAAGAAAGAUGGUGUGCCGAUUCCAGAUAAUCUUAUAGAACUACCACGCGCGCCCAACCCACGUGCAAUUAUAGAUCUCGAGGCGCAUCUCGAGAAAACGGAGAACGACAUACAAGAGCUGAGCCAGAACGCGGUGAAUCUGAAGAGCAACUAUCUCGAGCUGACGGAAUUACAACAUGUACUCGAGAAGACACAAGCGUUCUUCACGGAGGAAGAAGCCAACGACUCGAUCACCAAGGCGCUCAUCAACGAGGAAGCACCGAAUCCCGCCAUUUCGAUUCGCGGACGUCUGGAAUUUGUCGGCGGGGUAAUAAAUCGCGAACGAGUUCCAGCCUUUGAGAGAAUGCUGUGGCGCAUAUCACGUGGAAACGUUUUCCUUCGACAAACCGAACUUGAUAAACCGUUGGAAGAUCCAGCUACGGGCAACGAGAUCUAUAAAACAGCUUUUGUGGCAUUUUUUCAAGGAGAACAAUUGAAAACCCGUAUUAAAAAGGUUUGCACUGGCUUCCACGCCUCGCUCUAUCCAUGCCCGACUAGCCAUGCAGAACGUCAGGAAAUGCUAAAAGGUGUGCGAACACGAUUAGAGGACCUUAAAUUGGUACUAAAUCAAACGCAAGAUCAUCGCCAGCGUGUUUUGUACAACGUAGCGAAAGAAAUACCAAACUGGAGUAUCAUGGUGCGAAAGAUGAAAGCUAUUUAUCACACAAUGAAUCUGUUCAACAUGGACGUAUCCAAAAAAUGUCUCAUCGGAGAAUGCUGGGUGCCCAUUGCCGAUCUUGGGACCGUGCAAAAUUGUCUCACGGAAGGAUCGCGGCAAUGUGGAAGCUCCAUACCGUCUUUCCUCAACGUGAUCCAUACGGAUGAAAAUCCCCCGACGUUCAAUAGAACGAAUAAGUUUACGAGAGGUUUUCAAAAUUUAAUUGACUCUUACGGUGUGGCAUCGUAUCGUGAAGCUAAUCCAGCACUUUACACUAUCAUUACGUUUCCCUUUCUAUUUGCCGUUAUGUUUGGCGACGCUGGUCACGGAUUCAUACUGACGCUUUUUGGUUUGGCCAUGGUGUUAAUGGAGAAAAAGAUCAGCGCGCAAAAGUCGGACAACGAAAUCGGGAAUCUAUUUUUCGGCGGUCGUUACAUCAUCCUUCUCAUGGGUUUGUUUUCCAUCUACAGUGGUUUAAUCUACAACGACAUAUUCGCAAAGUCAGUUAACAUAUUCGGAUCUAGUUGGAGGAUCAAGUAUUCGCUCAACGAUACGGUACAUAACAAGGCGCUAGAUCUGUCACCAAAUGCGAACGAGAGCUACCUACAAUAUCCCUAUCCUCUGGGUUUAGACCCGGUUUGGUCUCUUGCUGAAAACAAAAUUGUAUUUCACAAUUCGUUCAAGAUGAAAGUAUCGAUUAUCUUUGGCGUCGCGCACAUGAUCUUCGGCGUCUGUAUGAACGUCGUCAAUAUGUUGUAUUUCAAGAAAUAUGCUAACCUGAUCCUUGAAUUUCUGCCACAAUUACUCUUCCUUCUAUUGCUAUUUUUUUACAUGACUGUCCUGAUGUUUAUUAAGUGGAUUUUGUACGAGGCUUCGGCCGAAGAUCCAGGACGAAGACCAGGUUGUGCACCAUCGGUGUUAAUUACAUUUAUUAACAUGAUGCUUUUCAAAGAUGCCGCUGUGCCCAAGGAUUGUUCCCAGUACAUGUUCGAAGGACAGGAUAUUUUGCAGUUGGUUUUGCUUUUGUCCGCUCUUUUGUGCAUUCCAGUAAUGCUCUUCGGGAAACCAUUAUUUAUUCUAUUUUCAAAGAGAAAAUCUCAAGGAAGGAAGAUUUAUAGCAACGGAAGUGCGUCUCAGGACAUCGAGUUACAGACCCAAGAAUUGCCUGGCGCAGGCACCAGCAAGGAUACUGCGGCGGAAGAUCACAGUCACGAGGAUGACAGCUUUGGUGAACUUAUGAUCCAUCAAGCCAUCCACACCAUAGAAUACGUGUUAUCUACAGUUUCGCACACUGCCUCUUAUCUACGAUUGUGGGCCCUGUCUUUGGCUCACUCGCAGCUGUCAGAAGUGCUCUGGAAUAGAGUGUUGCGGAUAGGCUUAGGUGCUGAAGAGGAUCAGUACGUUAAUAGUAUUGUUCUGUUUUUCGUGUUCGCUGUCUGGGCCUUCUUCACCGUCGUUAUUCUCGUCUUAAUGGAAGGCCUCUCGGCAUUCCUUCAUACGCUUCGACUUCAUUGGGUCGAGUUUAUGAGUAAAUUCUACGAAGGCUUAGGAUACCCCUUCCAACCAUUUUACUUCAAGAGUAUCUUAGAUGCCGAGGAUACUGAAGAAUAGAUGCUGCCACUAGUCUUCACAGCAAUAAUCGUUAGAUAUAUAUAUAUAAUUAUUGAAUAUUAUGCGCGAAACUUUCUUUUAUUUUCAUAUAUGCGAGGCCUUCUCUUGUUGCCUAGAAAAAUACAAGAAGGACCAAAUUGCCAUGGAUUGUUUUAAAUGAGUCUGACAAUGUGCCUUCUUCAACAAUUACAACCAUCGAUCACGUGUCUAUGUUUAUUGGCCAAAUACGCGCAAUAAUUACAAUAACUGCAAUAAGAGUUUUAAGAAACAUAUGUUUUUCUAAAUGUUUUUUACACAUGGAUAAUAAUAUCGAUCGAGAAAUCGACGCGUGCUAUAAAAGUUUAUGUUAGUUAUUCAUUUUUAAAUUAUUUUAUUUAAUUCGCUCCGGAUUUAAAUAAUAAAUUUUUAAAGAGAAACUUAUUUGCCAAGUCGGUUCUAAAUUUUGUCGUUAAUAAAUUCUCUAUUUUUCUUAUUUGCUUGUAUAUAGUUCUUUUAAAUUACUUACAGUUUAAUACCUUAUAUUAAUAUAUUUUAAGAAAAAGAAGUGCAACAAAGUCUUCGCAACAAAACGAAUUCAAUUGGUACAUCAAUUAUUUCAUAUUAAGAUAAGAUUCGCGAUUAGAGCUAACUCUACUUGUCCAACGUUAAAUGACUAUAAUCGUGGUAUUAUUUCAAUGGAAAAGGAGUA